GAUUUUACCACUCUCCUUUUAAAGUUCUACUUCUACCAUAUACACCACCUCCACCUCAGAACACGUGUCGUUUGCACCACGCACUUACUUCCGAUCUUGACACCUGCCUUCCUUCUCUUCACCACAUUCCCCUCAGUGUGCGAUAUAUAUUUUUCUUAAUUGCUUCACAGGUCUCAUAUUUCGUAAACCACUGCGAGUUCAUUCGUUUCCUGUUCUCGUUUCCUUCGCCAUCGCCAAUACACCUCCCUCCCCGCGCACACACGCACACACGAAGCGUUUUCUCUUUCUCUCGUAAAGCAUUACUUUCUUCUGCUUCAGAAUGAACACCGUCACGAAGCAGUUUAAGGGUGUGACGACGAAGGACAUCCUGGCCUGGCACCGCCCCGUCGCCUCUGGUGUGGUGGCUUGCUCCAUCUUUGCCUUCUGGUUCGUCUACGUGUACUUCCAAUACACCCUCACGACCUACGCCGCCCGCCUCGCGACGAUCGCCUUCAUCGUUGGUGGCGCGGCUGCUCUCACGAAGCAGGUGUCGAUCAAAUCGCCUGAGGAGGUCAGCGCGAGGAUGGACCGCACCUACGAGUCCAUUCGCCCACACGUGACGAAGUGCGUCGACACCGCCGUGGCGCUCAUCACCUGGCGCGACUUUGCCGCCUCGGCGCAGUUCUUCGUCGCUACGAUUGUGCUCGCCUUUGUGGGCAACUGGAAGAGCGACUCGACGCUGGUGUUCGUGGCCUUCCUCCUCGCGUUCUCUAUUCCGGUGGUCUACGAGAAGAAGCAGAAGGAGAUCGACGGUGCGCUGCGUCAGGCGCAGGCUAUGGCGGACAAGUACCUCUCCAAGAUCAAGACCAAAGCGGAAUCGAAAAAGACGCAAGUGGAGCAGCAGCUCGACGAGAUUAACCGCAAGAAUCAAUAA